UGUUUUUUUUCUCUGUGACGGAUCAAGUCUAUUACUGUGGUAAAGUUGAUCGGUCACCAAACUUAGAGAUCUCAAAUUGUUUAGAUUCGUAAUAUCUGUUCACCAUGCAGUGAAGUCUGACCGGUGGGAAUAUCAAUAAAGUCGCGAACCGUACCAUAGUCGGAGACUAUUCUCCGCGCUACAGGAAAUAGGUCGUUAACAAAGAUUUUGGUAGUAAGUUUUCAGUCCGAUGCAAGCAUAUAUUAUCAGUUGUAAGCGGUUUGCUUAUUGUUUUAAAUGAUUUCUUGCAAUAUUGUAGAAGGUGUAAAAGCUUUUCGUGGUCACCAGAGCCCUUCCUUAGUAAUUAGAUUUGAGUUACGCUUCUUACCAGGCCACAACUUUUCCAUUGUGAUAGCAGUUUUAGGAGGUAUCAACGCCUAACAACUGAAUUUCUGGAUUGAGCGACCAAAAAAGACUUGAAACCACCUGAAAAGGGAUGUCUGCAGAUUCAUCAAAAUCAUCGAACCCUGGAUUAAAGGCUCAUUUGGCUGUGGGGCUAAUCCGCAUGCUUAGCUUUGCAUAUGAUAUUGUUACACUACCUGUCUACACUAUAAUACAGCGACCCUGGAGGCAGAGUUUCGCAAGAUCAACUUUAUACGCCGCCCCAUUGAAGCCGGGUGACCCACAAUCGCCUUGGGCACCAGUCACUGUACCCGACUAUGAAAUCUUCAAGGGAAUCACGACAGUUGAUCAACUAAUUCGGCGAGCUAUUGCAUUAUACGGCGAUAAAGAGUGCCUCGGAACACGUUGGGUAUUGGCUGAAGAGAAUGAGGUUCAACCUAAUGGGAAAGUCUUCAAAAAACUUCGCCUUGCCAGUGAUUACAAAUUUAUCACAUACAAACAGUUUGAUGAACUACUUGAUCUCACCGGAAGGGGUUUUCUUGCUCUAGGCGUCCGGCCUCGUCAAAACGUGGCAAUUUUUGCAGACACUAGAAUCGAGUGGAUGAUAACAGCGCAAGCUCUUCUGAGACUAAACGUAACUGUUGUUACGAUCUAUACUACACUUGGGGAAGAUGGAAUUGUACAUGGAAUCAACCAGACUGAAUCAACUCAUAUUGUCACUUCCCAAGAGCUUUUACCGAAGGUUGUGAAAGCUCUCCCAAAGAUGCAGUCUAUUACACAUAUUAUCUACAUAGAAAAUCAUGUUGCAAAGAAUGGACCAGAACGAGUGCAGGCCAUCAACCUUGUCAGCUGGACGCAGCUUCAGGAUGCUGGCAAGAAUGCUGAUCCCGAACUUAAGGGCGAGGCUCCAACUUCAGAGGAUACGGCCAUCUUGAUGUAUACUUCCGGUUCAACAGGAAUUCCAAAAGGGGUAAUGAUCUCCCAUAAAAAUAUUGUUGCGUCGGCUAAAGGAAUGGCGCCCGUAUUAGCGUCCUCAGGUCAGGAUAUCAGCAACGAAAGAUACAUCGCAUAUCUGCCUCUAGCGCACGUUCUUGAAUUGGCUGCUGAGUCGCUUGCGCUUUCCCUCGGCAUCUGUAUCGGCUAUUCUUCACCUUUAACUUUAACUGACCGAAGCACAGCUAUUAAGGAAGGUGAACGUGGUGACGCAUCCCUUUUUCGUCCGACCUACCUCAUAGGUGUUCCUUUGAUUUUAGAUCGGAUCAAAAAAGGGAUAGUGGAGGGCGCGCGAACCCGUGGAGCCUUCGCUGGUGUAUUCUUCGACUGGGCGAUCGCUUACAAGAUAGCUUGGCAAAAAUGGGAUUAUGAUACACCCCUCCUUAAUCGACUCAUUUUCAAGAAGCUUGGCAGUAUCUUGGGUGGCCGGGUUCGCACUAUCGUUACAGGAUCCGCACCGCUCUCGGAAGAGACGCACAGCUUCAUUCAGGCUGCUUUUUGUUGUACCGUCAUUCAAGGCUAUGGACUUACAGAGACAGCAGCGGCUGCUACCGCUAUGCUGAAAACGGACGUAUCAAAGGGCCGUGUGGGACCUCCUUUAAGUGGGUGCAUGAUUAAGCUCGUGGACUGGGAAGAAGCUGGAUAUUAUGUCACUGACAAACCAUAUCCCCGAGGUGAAAUUGUCGUCGGAGGUGAAUGUGUAACGAAAGGUUACUAUAAGAACGAGGAAUUGACCCGGGAAGUGUUUUGUCAUGAAGGGGGAACGCGUUGGUUUUACACAGGAGACAUUGGCGAGAUCUAUCCCAACGGCACUCUCAAAAUUAUCGACAGAAAGAAAGAUCUCAUAAAACUUCAGUUUGGCGAGUACGUCUCUUUAGGAAAGGUCGAAAUGGAAUUAAAAGUUCUUCCCUUUGUGGAUAACGUGUGUGUUGUCGGCAGUUCAUUUCAUACGUACCUCAUCGCGUUGGUGUGCCCAAAUGCUCAGGCUCUGGCCAAAAUUGCUAGCCACUUAGGGAAAACAUCGCUAACACAUGAACAGAUAUGUUGGGACCCUGCAGUACUGGAAUACGUAACGAAGGUUAUCGCAGACCAUGGUAAAAAGGUCGGCCUACACAAAAUGGAAAUCCCGACAAAGGUAAAACUGUGCGUAGAGGAAUGGCUUCCGGAGUCCGGCUUAGUGACUGCUGCGCUAAAGAUCCGUCGGAAACAAAUCCAGCAAUUUUACCAAGCAGAUAUCGAUGCACUCUACGCUACUACUCUAGGAAAAAGAGCUUAAAUUAAUUGAGCCAUACUAGUAGAUGUGAGAAUCUUUAAGAUCUGCUCGAGGUCAAGUAGGUCAUGGAUAAAGUAAGCCGGUAUAUGGCUGCAAGCACUGAUGUCAUGUCAAACGUAGAUCAUCUAAUAUUUGCGUAGCCAACGCUGUCGUAACGACAGUACCUGUACCUUUCUGGCACUAACGACCCAUGCCAUACUGAGUGAAGAAACCUUUGAUUGAAAUCAAAUCAAAAUUAAUACACCUUGAAGCGGCUCCCCUCUACAAUAAAGGCUCGAGGCUCAAAAUGUAUAUAAUCUAUGUAAUAUAGUGCUUGUACACAGCUUCACAGAAAGGACCAUCCGUAGUUAAUUUUGUGGAAUUAAUAACAUUAGAAUGGGUGCGGUUUUAAUUGAUAAAUGCACGGACUUACCAUGAUAUUGGGUUGUCGAAAAAGUAUUGAACGUUUUUUUACCUAGAUGGCUUCAAAGUCACUUAUUGCAAAUAAUAUGGGUUGUCACGAUCCUUUGAAAAAUGAAAUUCGGCGGUAGCAGAUGUGUUUUUGUUGAAAUGCGUUUAGACUUAAAAUAGAGCGCCUCGAAGACGGGUGGAAUUUUUACAAAAAUUACAUUUAUUACAAUAUGAAGAAAAAUACGGUCCAGGACCAUGGAAAAAUAUCCGCUGUUUCUGGGUAAGAUGCAUCAUGAGAAGAAACGAUCCAAAAAUGGUUCUGUAGCUUCCGUUUUGGAAGAUCUGAUGUCAAAGGUGGUCUCCGUAGUGGUCAACCAAUUACGGGGUAAGUUGAUGAAAUAUUGCGAAAGUUGAGUGAAAUCAACACGUGAGUAGCCAUGAGAAUCAAUAAAUAGUUUUAAACAGUUUGGGGAAAGCUGACUAGAAAAAAAAAGUGCAGUGUUUUAAUGGCACAGAGAUUGAUGCAAAAUAAUUCACUUAAUUUUAUGCGCAUCUGCGAAAGUUUACAGAAAGGCAACAAAAUCUAAAGCUGUGAUCACAAGUGAUAAAUCAUAGUAACCUUGACCAUGAACAGCACAAGCUUUUCUAUGGAUCUGGGCUGAAUUUGUCCUUGUGUAAUAAAAUUGUAAAGCACAGCGACUUUUUGCAAAAGUUCAAUCGUCCUCAAGGUGCUCUACCUUAAAUCAAGGCAUUCUAAUAAUGCUAACACAUGGAGUAUAGCUAAACCCUAGUAUUCAAAGAACACUCACGCGACUAAUAUUACUUGAGAUUUUGGAGCCAUUUAAAGAGAAAACGGUCGAUACCUCUUCAACAACUUAUACAUAUAUGUAGUAUGUUAUAGAUAGGACUUGGAGGGUAUAGGGCCAAUAAAUAUAAAUUAUUUGAUAUAACUUUGGCCAUUCUUUUAUGCCCAUAGCUUUGCAAUAUACUUGCAGGUGGGCUUAGAAGUAUUUUAAAGAUAAAGUGCGACUUCGAUGCAUCCGGAUUAGAACUCUAAGGAUACAAAUUUAUUUAUUUUAGUAAAAUGGAGAAACCGUGCGUUAGCUGAUGUUUGACACGUAUAUCAAAUAUUAACAAAGUACUUCAAAGGAGCAGCAUCGAAUGAAAAAUGCUGGCUUGUACAUUUGGCUGCUUAUGGUCUUUUACAAUAAAAACUACGUUACAGAACAGAAAGUACGCCUAUAUAACGUAUUAAAGCCAAAUGUUGCUUGUUAGAAAAAGUUUAAAACUAGUGUGAUUGAAAGUAUGCAAGUAUAUGAUAAUGUUACAAGGCGCUUAAAGCGAUGAAUCUUUGAUACUAUAUCACGAAUUCCGGGUUCCAGUUACUAAAUUCAUUUGGACAAUGUGUAACCCGUAAAUGCGUGUUCAAGAAAAUGAAUAACUGAUAGAGCUGUUGUGUUUCGCUAUGCUCUGCUAUAAACCUUAGACAGCUAAUUGAAUGCAUACAAGAUUUGGGGGUUUUACAAAUGCGCUUAAUAAUAUAUGACAAUGUCGACUGAAAUUUAAGAUUUCAUCACACUUACAAUCUGCAAGUAAAAAUGUUGUUGUGGAUGGCGGUAAUAAUAAGUUAGGCUAGCAUACAGCAGGGAUGGCGACGUGGAUCAGAGUAAUUAUCAGUAAGGCCUUAUAAUCGAAACGGAUUUUCUACAACUAUUGGUUAACGACUGUGCCCUUUUUGGGUUGGUUCUUAGUUGAAGUAUAACUGAAACUGUUAUUCCUAAGAUAAGUUUAUCUUAGGAAUAACAGUUUCAGUUAUACUUCUUAGUUCAACUUCUUAGUUCAUUGCAUGAAGCAUAAAAUUACUAGUUAGUAGUAUUAUGUAUUGUUCUUUACAAGGGUAUCCCGUUUGUUUGGGACACGGAAUGUUCAAGAUCAAAGUUCAUCGUAAACAUUCCUCAUUGGCAAUAUGAGCAUUACAAGUUUGGACUACUUGGACUAUAAUCCACAUAAAUAGCUUUCGCAAAACUUAUACAUCCUAUGCGACAAGCUCAAAACUUACAAAAUCAACUACAGUUUACAAUUUAGAUAGAAAGGUGGCAUGAAACGGUCUGAUGGGAAAGUAUACGCACAUGACGGACGCCCUUGAACAAUAUAUGCAUUGCGAUAUUUAACUAAUUUGCGUGUUUUUUUUUAAUAAACUUAAAAUACGCUGGCUAAGAGAUAUGCUUUCUUAUGUUCGACUUGGUAAUGUAGUGAUAAAAGCAAGUUCCUCCAGCAUUAAUGAAGAUUAUUAAAAAAUUAAUUUUCUAACAGUAAAAUUUCUAAGUUAGAUGGACGUAAUGAAAUAUCUAAUGAUUAUACCUAAUGAUUCUUUAAGUCUAUAGAACACCAAACAUAUAAAACAAUAAAAAGCAACUCACAUUUUAAAAAUAAAAAGUAUGUUUCGAGCAAACCGCUAUUUGCGAGACUGGAGUGUGGUCGAGACUGAAGAAUAAGGCCUACCGUGGUUUAUCUACGUAUCAAACAAACUAAGUUUUCAUUAUAAGCAGAGCCUCAACGAAGCGACGAAUUUUCUGAGAGUUAACUAUUCUUCCGAAUAUAUUAUUUGUAGGUAGUUGUUUUGCAGAAGUAAUCUACUGUCGACUUAGACUGUUUUCGACUAUGUCACUGGAAAUGUAGACUUUCUUGUAAUUAUUACAUUGUUGUCAUGGCCGCCUUUGUGUGUGCGGCAGCAUAUCUUGUCAGGCAUGCCACACUUGUUCACGUAUGGUUUUCGCAUGGUUUACCUAUGAUUUUUGCAAGAAUAUAUUUGUGGAAGCGAUCUGGUGCAUUGAAAAGAAAUAAUGAUGAAUUACCUUGAAAAGUAAUUAUGAGACUAUCAUCAAUUUAAUUAUGUAGCAAUGACUAUACGCAUUG